UCAUACUCAACAAGUUAUAUAUAUUUUUUAUAUUCUCCUUCUUGCUUAGAUCAUUGAAUUAUCAAUGUCUUCAAGUUGGACACCAAAACAAAACAAGUUGUUCGAAAAAGCACUUGCGAAAUUCGACAAAGAUACCCCGGAUCGUUGGCAAAAUGUAGCGAAAGCGGUUGGUGGUAAAUCAGUUGAGGAAGUUAAGAGACACUAUGAGAUACUCUUGGAGGAUCUCAAACACAUUGAGUCUGGUCAUGUUCCUAUUCCAAAUUACAAAUCCACGUGAACCAUGAACAAUGUUGAUGAAAAAAAUAUAUCCUAAGGCUUCUGAGGUAUCUAAAGCUGAAUGGAUUUGAAGCAAUGCAAUGCAUGUGUCCUCCAUAUGUUUCCACAUCCACCAUUGUAAUUUUGAUUAUUUUCUUAAUAAACUAUUUCAUUGUGCAAGAAAAAGUUUCUAG